UCCUGCAAUAGAAAGUGAGAGAGAAGGUGAAAAGAGAAAAUCUAGACCUCUCCCCUAAAUCCCAAUGGUGUGUUCCAGCAGAAAUGCCUGACAAUAGCUAGGACUGCACCUGUCUGCUGAGGAGUGUGUCCGCAGCCCGCCCCCCGCGCCCGUCAGAACCCACCUCCAGCACGAUGAUGUCGCUGUGACAGCGGGGCGCACAAGAGAAAAUGCCGCGCACCAAACAGAACCACCCCAAGAACCUGAAAGAUAAAAUCGAGGAGGCGCAGAAAGAACUCAAAGACCCGACUGGCUCACCCAACGGGAUAUCUGGGAGCAGUCGAAGAAAUGCCGACAACAUCAAAGGCCUGAAGAGGAAGAAAAUAGUGGCAGAGAACCAGCUGAAGAAAAUCCCCAAGUCUCCCGUGAAGAAGCCCCUGCAGUCCAAGAAACCGGAUCAGCCUCCAGGACCGCCCUCCGAGACAGCAACCGUCUCCUGCCCUGCAGAACCGGAGAGCCCGUCCCAAACCACCCCAAGGUCGCCUAGUGUCAACAGAGACCCCAAGUAUGCCCAGCAAGCCCCAUCAGCAUCUCCCCCGGAAGGAACAUCUUCCCCCGACAAUGAAGAGCUGAAGCCGCCGGAAACAUCCUCUUCGCGGCCGCCACCACUGCCGCCGCCGUCGACGCCAGCGUCGACUUCCAGUCCCGGCGGAGAGGAACCUGCGACUGCAGCCGAGGCCUCCCAGCCCGAGUGCAGCAGGAGCGGUGACAGCAGUGACCCCAACUUCGAGGGGGGGUCUUACAACUCAAACGCUCCCCUCGAAGUGUUACUCAAAGCCAUGGAGCAGGACUUCAGCACCCUAGUGGAGAGGAAGGGCUCCUUCCCAGUCCAAGCCACUGGGAGACCAGCCCAGACUGUCCCUGUCCAGCCCAGAACUGACAUUAGGACAGUGCCAACAAGCGUCAACUUUGGUCUUCAGAACCAAGCUUCCCAUGUGCAGACGUAUUAUUUUGACACCAAAGGGAAGGUAAUCGGCAUCGCUUCUCCAAUCGGGAGCAACGUGCCCACCUCGGGCCUUGUGACCCAACUGCAGUCUACGCAUCAAACCACACCCCACUUCCUAGCCUCCAGCAAGGAGAAACAGGGCUUGCAAUUUAGCUUCCACACUGGUACCUCCACCGCCAUCACCCACGCCCCCGUUCCUUCAGGGUGUAAGGCCAUCCCGCAAAGCCAGCCCCCGGUGGUUCACACGUGCCAGUCCAUCACAGCCAGCGUUCCCAGCACAAUCCAAGUCCCAGUGACGCCUGGCUGCAACCCGGUCCAAAUGGCCACGGUGGUGAACUUAAAUGCCGACCAGGCAGCUAAGGAUCUGAAGCCAAAGAAGCAGGGGAAGUACGUGUGCGAGUACUGCAGUCGGGCGUGUGCCAAGCCCAGCGUGCUGCUCAAACACAUCCGAUCGCACACGGGCGAGAGGCCGUACCCGUGUGACACGUGCGGCUUCUCGUUCAAGACCAAGAGCAACUUGUACAAGCACAGGAAGUCCCGCGCGCACGCCAUCAAACUCGGACUCGUCGCCAGAUCCGAAUCCGGCGGUGGCAGUGGGUCGCUCUCCCAGGAAUCGGACCGAGCAGACGGGACGCACUCGGAGGCCGAGGAGAGCGGGGACAGCGAUGGAGAGAGUAGCACUGCGGACCAAGACCCUGACUCCUCCCAAAGCAGUGUUACGGCGCUAUCUGAAGCCAGCUUGUACAGCGCAGGAACCACGCAUGCCGGCCUCUGUGGAGAGGGAGACCUAUCUGGAAGUGUCACGGAGUUGGUCAAACCAGCCUCCGGUCACGGUGGCUAUGAGCCAAAGUUGCCGGCAGCUCUUCCAAAGGUGGUUGUUUACCCGGUGAAUGUCUCCCCUCUGAGGGCUGACAGCCCGAGGGUUACCGAUCCAGCCCCAGAGCAAGCGGCUGCACAGCGGCAGAGAGAGUUCCAGACGGCCAAUCAUAGGUCCAGCCUCACCAUUCUGUCUUCUUUGAAAGAGGUGGACUGCAGUAAUGCCUCGCUGGACCGAGUGAGCGAGGACGAAGACCAGCACUGCAAGUCCCCUCUCUUCGGGGGCCACGCUCAGCUUCAGAGGCAACAGGCCACGGACUUCUCUCAGCAGCAGCAGGCCAAGUGCCUGCUCAGUCCACGCAGCUUAGGAAGCACAGACUCUGGCUACUUCUCACGCUCUGAAAGCGCAGACCAGGCGAUGAGUCCACCGACUGCAAUUGUAAAGAUAACCCCUCCGGCGGAAACGGACGUCUCAAAGAUCGCCGUUUCGAAUGUCUCCCCUGUGGUAGCCACGGUGAUUUACGUCCCAGAGGAGAAGAAACAGCCCUCGGAGGGUCACAUGAUGCGACCGCCUCUGGAAACCAAGGCACUCUCUUUAGAGGAGCGGAUCUCAAAGUUGAUAUCGGACAACGAGGCGGUGGUGGAUAACAAGCAGCUGGACAGCGUCAAACCGAGAAGGACUUCUCUCUCCAGGAGAGGAAGCAUAGACUCUCCAAAGUCAUACAUAUACAAAGACUCUUUUCAAUUUGACCUUAAUCCCAUCGGAAGACGGUCAAGUUCCAGCUCUGAUAUUCCCAAAUCUCCUUUCACCCCCACAGAUAAAUCAAAGCCAGUAUUUCUUCUUUCGGUCCCUUCUCAAUACCCUCCAAUGGAUUGCUUACCAAUCACCAGGAGUAACUCCAUGCCAACGACACCAGGAAACUCUGGACUUCCAAUGAAUGUUGCCCCACAGCCCUACCCCUUGCGAUUCUGCCAGUCGUUUGAUGACAAGAUUGGUUCUUUGAACGAUGAUGUAUUUUCCUCGGCCCCUUCUACCCCCAACCCUGCUAUUCAUUCCCGCACUUUAGUUAGGCAAGUGGCCAUCGAGGAUUUCACCACACACGAAAAGCACAGUAUUCCCACGGUUCGUUCGAUGGACGAAGGCUACCAUGGCUCCAAUGUAUCCACGGAGCUGACGCAACGAAGCAGGUCUUUCGAGCAUGGUCAGGACAAGAGCAGAAGGCCCAUGCAGACGAAGGGCACCAUGUAUGAGUGUGAGACUUGUCGGAAUCGGUACAGAAAGCUUGAGAAUUUUGAAAAUCACAAGAAGUUCUACUGCUCUGAGCUUCACGGUCCGAAAAACAAGCCAGUCAUCGUUAAAGAAAGUGAUCCAGAUGUCUUCCAGGUCACCGUAGUGCAGCCCCCGGUCCAGAGGGUAUCAGGACUUCCAGGUGUUCUGGACCAGCAGACCUCGAUUAGAAAGAGAAGGAAAAUGAAGAGCGUCGGAGAUGACGACGACCAAUCACCGACAGACGUUAUUCCUCCGUGUUCUGUCAGCUUCGAUUCGUGCCAGUUGACGUCCGCCGGGGCCGGCCAGACGUUUUCCCAUUCUCGCUCGGUCGCAGUGGACAUACAGCCCAAAGGCCACCAAGCACAACUACCUCAGAUCCAGCUCGUAGCAAGAGGUAUAGACCCCUCUGACUCCAGGUUGUCACCAAUCAGAGAGGCCCAGAUCAGCACUUCUGCUAAAGAGAGAGGAGACCUGCAGAGACAAGGCAGUGGAACCUCGGUCAUCAGACACACCAACUCACUGAGUCGACCGAAUUCAUUCGAGACAUCCGAAUCGUUUGACAGGACAGGAUCACCUGUUGACAUCAAACAUGUCCAAAACAAGACCAAACCAGAAGCAGAGAAUGUGUCAGUUGAUGGCUACCAGGAAAAAAUGUCAAAGACUGUUGACUAUGGAAAACAGGGACAAAACAGUGCUGACGACCCCGUAACUGUUUCUGUCGAGAGCACUACCCCUGUGCACCAGUCUCGCCUGGUCCGUCAAAACAACAUCCAGGUGCCGGAGAUCCUUGUCACAGAGGAGCCUGACCGAGAACACGACACGCAGGCCACUGAGCCGACGGAAAAGCCAGCAGAAUCCUUCAACUGGCCCCCGAGAAGUGAAAGCCUAUCCAAGGUACCAGCGGAAAAACUCCCACCUAAAAAGAAGCGAAUUCGGCUGGCUCAGAUGGAGCAGUCCUCAGGAGAAUCCAGUUACGAGUCCAGCCUUUCCAGGAGCCUCAGCAGGGACAGCAGUCUCUCACACUGCUCCAGUAUCUCGGCCUCUUUCGACAGAGAAGAAGCCGCCAGAUCUGAAAGCCCUUCCCGGGGCGAGUGCGUCACUGUUGUCCAAGAACCGCCUGGGCUAUCAGCAGCCUUCAACACCCUAGGGGUGCCUGGUGUCAUGAGGCGGGCUGCCUCCGAACAGAUCAGUUGUACUCAGCCCUCGGUGGAGAUCUCAUGCGACUACCGUAGCAAGUCCUUUGAUUGUGCCAAUGUGUCUCCCAGGAGGUCCUUGUCUCCAGCCGCGAGAUGUAUACAGGGCUCUCAGGUUCCCCAGGUGCCACUGAUUGAAAGGCGGAGGGGCCCGCUGGUUCGGCAGAUGUCUUUAAAGAUCAAUCCAGAGAUUCCGCAACAUCAAAGGAAGAUGAUUAUCCCGCUGGAGAAGUUGGCUUUAUCGAACACUAAACCUCUCAUUCAACACAGAGCUCCAGAUGCUAAUAUUGUCAACAAAGGUCAUAUUGCCCAACCCUUAUUUGUCGAUACACCCAUAACAAUUACUGAGAAAAUGGUGCAAAGUAUUAAUUUGGGUAGCCCGACUCAGCAGCCUCAGAUAUAUGGUCUUCCCCACCCUUGGCAUCAAACGUCCAGGGUUCAAACAUGCCAAAAGUUACCGCCUCCUCCGAGUCAGAUUGUGGUAAGUCGUGAGAGUACCUUGCCUCAACCGUCUGAGCCCGAGGAAAGGAAAAGCUUGGUGCCCAGGUACCAACUGCAGUGUUCUGCUCAGAAAGCAUGCCAAACAUUUUCAUUUUCAAGCGCGCAGGGGAAUCAUUUGACAAUGCCUAUUUUAACGAUACCGCUCUCCAAUCCGAACUUGAGUGUUUCAAAGUCUUCGGAGGUACACCAGAAUGUCUACAUGGCUCAGCAUAAGCAUCUCGGUCCUGAGAUCAAGACACAGCAGGUCGUUCUAACCGGAGGGCCGCAAAGGAUUUCUACUCCAUUGCCACAGAUUCUGAUAACCCACGAACAAAUGAACCCUGUCUCCUCUUUAGCCAAGCGAAACAGCCAUCCGUCCGUUCAGAGCGUCGACAAUGACCUCCACACGAUGCCCAUCGUCAACAGGGAUCGGGCGCAAACGCAGACGGUCAGCAGCUCCCAGACCCCCCGUCCCGUCGAGAAGCCGACGUCUCUCGGCUCCCUGCACUGCACGCAGAAGCUGGCCUCGGUGACACUGUGCCCUCAGCAGGAGCCCACCGCCUCCAGCAAGCGAAUGCUCUCCCCCGCCAACAGCCUGGACAUCUACAUGGAGAAGCACCAGAAGCGGGCAAAGGACGAACACGGCGUCGCCUGCCUCACCGACGGACGCUCGGUCAACUACCUGAACUCCAAGGUGGCCGACGUCACGCGACAGAGGAAGCUGACGCUCGUCCGUCAGGUGUGCACCACGGAGCCCGCGGACAGCCCCAUCGAGACGGAGGCCCCGCCCCUCCCCGAAGGUAAAGCGGCGAGGGACUCCGAGGCCACCGACGUCUGCAAGCCCAUGUCGCCGGACAGCACCGCGCCGGACAAGGACACGGCCGUAGUCCCUCGGGAUGCCACUAGUGCGUUCAGUCAGACCACCUCCAUCACCAGCAGUAACCUCUUGAAGCCCCAGGACAGGAGCGAGGAACAGAGGUGGACCCCGGCCAAGUCCCCCAUCAGACCGUCCAGCUUCCACGGCAGCCAGGGGAAGCUGACCUUGUCGGCCUCCGCGGGCAACAGCAAGGACAGCCACCGCCUGUCCUUCCCCAGCCUGAAGACGGCCACCACCUUCACCUGGUGCUUCCUGAUGAAGAGGAAGCCCCUCCACGUGCCCCAGACUGACCUGAAGACCUCCGCCUACGCUGCCUGGAUGAUCAGCCCCAAGAACCCCAACCCCCUGGGCCUGCCCACCAAGGUGGUCAUGUCCCUGUUCGACUCCAAGCAGUGCUCCAAGAAGAUGCUCUACACUUCGGCGAUAAAGACCAGCGGAAAGACUGACAUUGUGUCCUACUCGAGCCAGCUGAAGGAUGUCAUGUCCAUGCUGCUGUUGUCCCAGAAGACGAAGGCGGUGGAAAAUGUGAGCAAGCCACCGCCGGAGACCCAGGCCGGGGGAGAGGCGGAGAAGGACGUGGCAGCUAAAGCCGAACCGAGAAGGGUUAAGAUAUUUGACGGCGGGUACAAGUCGAACGAGGAGUACGUGUACGUGCGCGGGCGUGGCCGGGGGAAGUACAUCUGCGAGGAGUGUGGGAUCCGCUGCAAGAAGCCCAGCAUGCUGCGCAAACACAUCCGCACGCACUCGGACGUGCGGCCGUACCACUGCAUCCACUGCAACUUCUCCUUCAAGACCAAAGGGAACCUGACCAAGCACAUGAAGUCCAAAGCCCACAGCAAGAAGUGCCAGGAGAUCGGAGUGCCGGUGGGCCUCAUCGACGACCAGGACGCAGAGGACUCGGCGGGCGACCGCGGCCACGCCGGCAGCUCAGACCGCCAGGACUCGGACGGCGACGACUCGGACGGCGCCGACGACGAGGACAACGACGAAGAGGAGGAGGAGGAGGAGGAGUCGGGCCUGUCCACCAACCCCUCGGUCAGCGCCAGCCCCCAGCACCUCCCCCCGGGGCCGGCCGAGAUCCCCCCCAGCGCCCUGCUGGCCCAGAUGUCCAUCAGCUCCAUGCGCUUCCCCUCCCACGCCGCCGCCGGCCCCCCGCCCCCAGUCCCGGACCCCCCCGUCGCGGACUGCUACUCCGAGUCGUCGGUGGCCAUGAUGAGCCCCGUCUCGCUGUACAAGCAGAUGUCCAUCUCGGGGUCCUGCUCCAGCCCGGGGCCCUUCCCCCUGUCCCCGCCGGCCCUGGGGGGGCCCCUGGGGGACCACCACCACGCGUCGGACACGGACUCGGUCCACAUGAUGAGCCCCGUGUCGCCCUGCCGGCAGAUGUCCAUCGACUACCCCGACUUCGAGGUGCCGCCCAGCCCGCCCGUACAGAGCAAGGGGUCCAAGCUCAGCCAGGAGGUUUCGCCGGCCCCCGUCACCGCGGCGACCCCCAGCGAGCCGGGCUUCCCGGUGGACCGCGGCACUCAGACGUCGUCCUUCCCGCCCGGGGGCCCCAUGCACUUCCCCCUGCACGGCCUGGCCCCCCCGCCGGCAGGGCCGGAGCACCACCUGUUCAGCCACCUGCCCCUGCACUCCCGGCAGCCCCUGCGCUCCCCCUACAGCGUGGUCCCGGUGGGGGGGCUGCAGCUGCUCCACGGCGGCCUGGCCGGGUACUCCACCUUCCUCCCCAUCCAGGGGGGCCCCGUGCAGCUCACCCUCCCGGGGGUCAGCGUCAUCCACCGGACCACCAGCCCGCUGCCCGCCGCGCUCUGCUCCCCGCCCCGCCGGGAGGACGGGGGGCCCCCCCACCCGGCCCCCUGCUUCCCCCUGGGCCCGGCGGGGAUGGAGGCGCUCAGCCUCCUGGGGGUGGGGCGGGGCGCGGGUCAGGGGCUGACGCUCAACGCCACGCUGGGGCUGCAGGUGGUGGCCGCCGGCCCCCCGGGGCCCCAGGGCGCCACGGGGCCCCGGAGCCACCUGCCGGGCCUGCAGAUCCUCAACAUCUCGCUGCCCGCCCUGAUCCCCUCGCUCGGCCCGCUGUCCGCCCUCAGCCCGCCGCCGCCGUCCGAGGCGCCGGCGCCAGCCGCCGCCUCGCCUUCGCCUUUGCGGGGAAACGCCCCGCCCGCCACCGCCGCCUCCUCGCCGCCUGCCCCGCCGUCGCUUAGCAACCCCGCCGCCGCGACGACGACCGCGCCCGCCGUCCUGCCGAGGGCGGGGAGCGAGACGGACCUCAGAACGCUGGCGCCCGAGAACCAGAGCGUCCGCUGGCCGGCGGGGGCGGGGCCGCCGUCGUCGUCGUCGCACCGGACGGCGGGCGGGGCCGACACUUCCGGGGCGUCGCCAGCAGGGGGAGCCGGCGGGGCGACUCCCCCCCGGCCUUCCCCCCCGCCGCCUCCCCCCCCACAACCGCAGCUCUCCAGGCACAAGAUGGCGGACGUCUACGACGAUGAGAAUGACGCGUCCAGCGAUGACGAAGGCCGACUGGUCAUCGCCACCUGA